AUGGCAUCUCUCGUCUCGCGUAUCGCGUCGCGGUCCAGAUCACACGCCGCGAGGGCCGCGCUUAACGCGUUCAACCUGCAGCCGACUCGAAACGUCACGUACAUGCCCAAGCCGGGCGAGGGCGCGACGCGCACUGUUACGCUGCUCCCGGGAGACGGAGCCGGACCGCUGUGCACGAACGCGGUGGAGCAAGUGUUUAAAGCCAUCCACGCGCCCGUGGUGUUCGAGACGUACGAUCUCAAGGGCACCAUGCCCACCGUGCCCAAUGAGGUCCUCGACUCGCUCCGCCGAAACAAGGUGGGGAUCAAGGGAGGCGUGCGAACGGCCGUCGCAGGCGGAGUCAGCUCGCUGACGGUGCAGCUGCGAAAGGAGUUCGAUCUUUUCGCGCAUCUCGCCUACUGCAGUAACUUCCCGGGGCUGAAGACGCGGCACGACAACGUGAACAUCGUGGUGAUCCGCGAGAACACGGAGGGCGAGUACAGCGGGCUCGAGCACGAGGUCACCCCCGGGGUCGUCGAGAGCCUCAAGGUGAUUACCAAGUUCUGCUCGGAACGCAUCGCGAAAUACGCGUUCGAGUACGCGUAUCUGAACAACCGCAAGACGGUGACGGCGGUGCACAAGGCGAACAUCAUGAAGCUCGCGGACGGGCAGUUCCUGGAGUCGUGCCGCGAGGUGUCCAAGGCGUACCCGCAGAUCAACUACAACGAAGUUAUUAUUGAUAACUGCUGCAUGCAGCUCGUUUCCAAGCCCGAACAGUUCGAUGUCAUGGUGACUCCCAAUCUCUAUGGCACGCUCAUCUCAAACACAGCUGCAGGCAUCGCUGGGGGCACCACUGUCAUGCCCGGAGGGAAUGUGGGCUAUGAGCAUGCCAUCUUCGAGCAAGGGGCAUCGGCAGGCAACGUGGGGAACGACAUCAUCAACGCGCAGAAGAAGGCGAAUCCAACGGCUCUCCUUCUCUCGGCAGCCAUGAUGCUGCGGCAUCUGCAGUUCCCGUCAUUCGCCGACCGGUUGGAGCAUGCGAUCUACGGAGUGAUUGCUGAGGGACUCGUGCGCCCGCCUGCUAUGGGAGGGGAUUCGACCACGCAAGAAUAUUCGCCUUGUGAUCGCAGUCGUGUCGCCAUGAGCAGCAUCGGAACUGGGUACGAUUUGUCCGUCACAACCUAUUCGCCUGAUGGCCGAAUCUUUCAGAUCGAGUACGCUGGAAAGGCGGUUGACAAUAGCGGCACGGCUGUGGGUCUCAGGUGCAAGGACGGCGUUGUGAUGGGUGUGGAGAAGCUGCUGGUAUCGAAGAUGCAGGUGCAGGGCAGCAACCGGCGAAUCCACAUAGUGGACAAGCACGCUGGCAUCGCUGUGGCAGGGCUCGUGGCGGAUGGCCGCCAGGUGGUCAACCGCGCCCGCAACGAGGCUGUCAACUACAAGAGUUUCUUUGCGCAUAUGAUCCCACUCAAGGUGCUGGCAGAUCGCAUGGCAAGCUACGCGCACUACUUCACGCUCUACUGGUGGACGCGCCCCCUCGGCUCCUCCGUGCUGCUUGCUGGUUAUGACCGCGACGGGCCGCAGCUCUACUGCAUUGAGCCCUCAGGCGUCACUUAUCGGUAUCACGGCACUGCAGUGGGCAAGGGAAGGCAAGCUGCAAAGACCGAGAUAGAGAAGCUGAAGCUAUCCGAGAUGACGUGUCGAGAGGGGGUGAACGCUGUUGCCAAGAUCAUCGUUGGAGUGCAUGACGAGGCCAAGGACAAGGCGUUUGAGCUGGAGAUGGGGUGGUGCUGCGAGGAGUCCAACCGGCAAUUCCAGAGAGUCCCGGAUGACAUAGUGAAAGCAGCGAGGGAUGCAGCAGAGGCAGCCAUGGAUGAGGACAUGGAUGACUGA